GCAUGACGGAUCUCGGGGACUUCAUCUGGCGCAACGCCUGGACCAUCUAUUACGAUUUAGAGUCGCUAAUUCAUGCUGUUUGACGUAUAAAUUGCUGGAGUUCACGUUCGAUCCGAGUACCCUCAUCUUCUUUCUCUUCAAACUCCAACCACCAUCUCAUUCCAGCCAUGGUCAGCUCGUCGACGCCGGAGAGCGGGGAUUCGACACCGUCCUCUCUCUCGGACACGUCUCAUCUUCAUGUCCCUGGACAGCAUGCCAACGUGUAUGGCUUCCAUCGCAUUGAAAAUGUACCCGGUUACAAUACACCUGAGUUCAAGGGCAAGGAGGAGCAGCGAGCAAAGGUUCAGGCCAGCCUUCUCGCGAAGGGCUUCAUCCCUCGUGAACUCGUCGCAAACGAGGUGAACUGGUUCUAUUCUCGCCUCAGCAUCGACGACACGUACUUCCAGUCCGAGUCCGUCGAUGUCAUCACAGACCACAUUAUCGCGCUCUUCGGCGCGAAGAUGCUCGCAUACACGAAGCACGACCCGUCCAAGCUCGUCAUCGACCUCGAGAACAUCACUACCGACGGCGCGACGUUCAUUCAUACGAGCGUGCCUGGGCGGACGGCAACCGAAGGCCCAGGCGCGACAUGCGAGAGCCGCAUCGACGAGCUGUUUCUCGACCAGAGCACGCCCUCGCGCGCCUUCAGGCUCGAGACAUAUCGUUCGCAGGGGGGUAUCUCUGCCACUGCUUCUCAGCAGCUGCGAUGCUACUUCGUGACGAAAUGCAACUUUCCAAAGAAUCCGCCAGCAUCGACGCGUUCGGAUGGCAAGGUAGAGAUCCGCUCAGUAUCAGAUCCCGUCUUUCUUGAGAAGGCGAGCGCGAACACGCUCGAGAUCUAUCAGCGCAUCAUGUGGAAUGUCCUAGAGCGCUACGGGCCCGUGAUAGAGGUAUUCGAGGUUGAAGGUAGCAGGGAGCGCAGGCUCGUAAUCGGCCACAAGAUGAGCGGCACGAGCAAGUACUUCAGUGCACUGUCGAACUUGUACCACUACUAUUCACUCUACUCCGCCCGGAAGUAUGUUGAGCAAUUCUCGAACGGUGUCACCAUCAUUUCGCUUUACCUGAAUCCCCUUCCGAACACCGAUGCACCUCCGAUUGAGCACUCCAUUUUCCAGGUCAUGAAGGAAGCGUCACUGAUCUACUGCUUGCCCGAUAACCCCUUCUUCUACAAAGGAGCGGGUCCCACAGGUGGCCAUGCUGUACAGGAGGCGACAUACGCGUAUUGCUGCUGGGUCUUUGCGCAGCAUUUCUGUAAUCGCCUGGGGCCAGCGUACCUGGCACUACGGAAUAUCCUGGACGAAUCGAACCCCUCGCACGCCGAAGUGCUUAAUGACAUCAAGCGGCGUUUCAGGGAGGAGACGUUCACGCGAGAGAGUAUCGCGCAAGUCAUACACGCUCAUGCAGACUUGAUCAAUCUGCUGUAUGUCAACUUUGCAAUGGUCCACUACCCGCCUGCAGACCAGGCGACGUUGAUGCCCACGCUGUCGUACCAGCGUUUGCAAAACCAGCAGCCUCUGACAGACCAGGAGCUGUAUGACAAGCUCAGGAAGACCGUACACGACAAGCACGAGUUGCAAGUGCUUGAGAGCUUCCUCAUAUUUAACAAGCACGUUCUCGGGCAUGUCCUCAAGACGAACUUCUACCAGCCGACAAAGACAGCGCUGUCGUUCCGCCUGGCCCCAGACUUCCUGCCAGAGGUUGAGUACCCGAAAAAGCCGUUCGGAAUGUUCUUCGUGAUUGGUGGCGAGUUCCGCGGGUUCCACAUUCGGUUCAGGGAUGUCGCUCGUGGAGGCAUCCGAAUCGUCCGAUCGAGGAACCGAGAGACCUACUCGAUUAACCAGCGCAUGCUGUUCGACGAGAACUACGGCCUCGCUUCGACACAGAACCUGAAGAACAAGGAUAUUCCGGAGGGAGGUGCGAAGGGAACUAUUCUGCCUUUGCUCGGGUCGAACCCUCGGCUGUGCUUCGAGAAAUAUGUCGACGCUGUCAUCGAUCUCUUGAUUCCUGGUCAGAGCCCGGGGAUCAAGGAGAAGAUUGUCGACCUCUACGGAAAGCCAGAGAUGCUGUUCUUUGGUCCAGAUGAGGGAACCGCUGAUUUGAUGGAUUGGGCUGCUCUGCACGCUCGUGCUCGUGGCGCGGAGACGUGGUGGAAGUCGUUCACUACUGGAAAGAGCGCCGAGACACUCGGUGGUAUUCCUCACGAUGUCUUCGGCAUGACGUCGCUCUCGAUCCGACAGUACGUGUUGGGCAUCUACAAGCAGCUCGGCUUGAGAGAGAAGGAUAUCACAAAGGUGCAAACUGGAGGACCCGACGGAGAUCUCGGGUCAAACGAAAUUCUGCUCAGCUCGGAUAAGACGAUCGCCAUCAUCGACGGCAGUGGCGUCCUCGCCGAUCCGGCAGGUAUCGAUCGCGAGGAGCUCGUCCGUCUGGCUAAGCUUCGCGUGACGAUCUCGAACUUCGAUCGGUCGAAGCUCAGCAAGGAUGGAUAUAUCGUUCUGGUGGAGGAGCAGGAUGUGAAGCUACCUUCGGGUGAGGUUGUCCUCGAUGGAACAGAUUUCCGUAACUCUGCGCAUCUGCGUUUCAGGGCUGAUCUCUUCGUGCCAUGUGGUGGUCGCCCUGAGGCUGUAAAUAUUUCUAAUGUUGCAACUCUCGUUGAUGCCGAUGGAAAGCCGAACUUCAAGUACAUUGUCGAGGGUGCCAACCUCUUCCUCACCCAGCAAGCUCGUAUCUAUCUUGAGAAGCGCAAAGUGAUUCUUUUCAAGGACUCCAGCGCCAACAAAGGUGGCGUAACAAGUUCGUCCUUGGAAGUGCUUGCAGGCCUUGCGCUGUCAACUCAAGAAUACAUCGACCUGAUGAUCUUCAAGAACGGCAAGCCAUCCGAAUUCUACCAGAGCUACGUUCGCGAUAUCCAGCAGAAGAUCACCGAGAACGCUGCUGCCGAAUUCCACUGCAUCUGGCGCGAGCAUGCCCGUGCACAGGGUGCGAAGCCACGCACGAUCAUCUCGGAUGAGCUGUCGGGCACAUUGAACAACCUGCAAGCCGAGCUGGAAAGCUCGGACCUAUAUGAAGAUGCGAAGAUGCGGAAGAACGUCAUGAAUCACGCGAUUCCGAAGACCUUGGUUGAGCAGAUCGGGUUGGACAUUCUAUUGGAGAGGCUGCCGGAGUCGUACCAGCGUGCGCUCUUCUCGAGCUGGGUGGCGUCACAUUUCAUCUACAAGUAUGGCGUGAAUGGGUCAUCCGUAGACUUCUUCCACUUUGUUCGGGACCUCGGUGUGUAGAAGGGCAUUGGUUGCCGUUCACUGGGUUUGAUGUUCCAGCAUUUGCGUUGCAAUGGACGUUGUAAUAUGGGUGAUGAGAAACGGCAAGGGAGAUUGAUUGUACAAUAGACCAUAGUAGAACGUUCAAGGAGAACCUAAUGCUAUGCAAUAGUCAGCUUGGUAUCAUACAUCC